GUCAGCCCGGUACCCUGCAGCGGAGCGACUCAGCGGAGGAAGAGGAAGAAGCUGCGGGGUGAACCGGGGCUGGAGUCCAUUUUAUUUACACCGGUGAGGCUGCUACAUUUUCAUCUGUCGGGUUUUUCAGGAGCUCGCAAGUUAAAAGUCGGUGUUCAGACAUGAGCAGUUCAGAGGAAGUGUCAUGGAUCUCCUGGUUCUGUGGACUGAGGGGGAAUGAAUUUUUCUGUGAGGUGGAUGAAGAUUACAUCCAGGACAAGUUCAACCUGACGGGGCUUAAUGAGCAGGUUCCUCACUAUCGCCAGGCCCUGGACAUGAUCCUGGACCUCGAACCAGACGAGGAGCUUGAGGACAAUCCCAACCAGAGUGACCUGAUCGAGCAGGCAGCUGAGAUGCUGUAUGGCCUCAUCCACGCACGCUACAUCCUCACUAACCGAGGCAUCGCACAGAUGUUGGAGAAGUAUCAGCAGGGAGACUUUGGCUAUUGCCCUCGUGUGUACUGUGAGAAUCAGCCCAUGCUUCCUAUCGGUCUGUCGGAUAUCCCAGGUGAGGCUAUGGUGAAGCUGUACUGCCCUAAAUGCAUGGAUGUCUACACACCUAAAUCCUCCAGGCACCACCACACAGAUGGAGCCUAUUUUGGCACUGGCUUCCCCCACAUGCUCUUCAUGGUUCACCCUGAGUACAGGCCGAAGAGGCCCGCCAACCAGUUUGUCCCCAGGCUGUACGGGUUCAAGAUCCACCCCAUGGCCUAUCAGCUGCAGCUGCAAGCCGCCUCCAGUUUCAAGAGCCCCGUCAAGGCCAUCCGCUAGAGUGUCCACGACAGAGGAGGAGGAAGAGGAGGAAAAUUCAUAGAGAAAGAGGGUGAAGACAGCAAAGAAUAAUCGUCCGAAGAGCAGGGGGGUCACCUGUAUUUUAGAGCUCUUCAGAUGUCCCCUCCCCACCCUGAAGACUGUAUUAUUUUGGUUUAGAUUAGGGCAAAUGAAAACAAAGUGUAAAGAUUUUUUUGAGUGUGAGCGAGACAUAAAAAACGCACAGCUACGAUCGUAAUCACAAACAUACACACACACACACACACAAACAUGUAAGGAAACAAAUACAACCACACACCAGGGAUUCCAUACACGUACCUUUCCAAACUCAGCAGUGCCAAAAACAGGAGGUGAAGUAAGAUGAAGCUGAACAGUUCAGGGGCUCCACGUCGCUGCACCCCCCCAUCACUCACUCUACAGCACACUGAUGAGAAAUGAUAUAACUGAUCAGUGGGUGGCUCUGCAGGGAACUUCUCCCUGUUGAAAAGGUUUUUGUGUUCUGGGCUUUUUGACAGAAAGCUGCAAAAGUGCAAUGGCUGAGUCUGUUUUCACCUCUGACUCUGUUUUGUGUUUUUUCUGUAUUUGGCACAGUUUGGUAAAGGGUGGUGGUGGUGGUAAACCCUCUGUCAUUCAAAGCCUCCUCCCCAUUAGUCCCCCAAUGCAUGUACACUCAGGCGGGCUCUCCCACAGACAGUUUGGACAGUGGUAACGGGUGUUUUUUUUCUCCGAAGGUCGUUUGUGAAAUUUGAUUUGUCGGAUGUUUUGUGGUGUUGGUUCACAAAACAUUGUUAAAUUUGCCUUAAGAUGCAGAGAAAACACCUGGAUUGUUUUGCUUUACAAGAGGCACAAGCAGUUUUAAAUUUGUUCUGCGUUCAGGAGUUAGAGUAGAAAUAGAUUUAGCGAAUAUGAUUUUCUGAAUAGUUCAGACUCCUAUAAUUAGCCUCUUUCAUUUCCCCAGCUGUCUAUACGCGUGUCAAACAACGUCUGUAUUGGUACCGAAGUGUGAAUAUAACCUGCGAUGAAGUUGUUUUUCGAGAAACGCCCCCUCCCUCCCCAGCAGCAGGAUUGCCUGUGUUUGCAUCGUUACCCUCCCUCCCUCCCUUCGUAGCCUUAUCUCCCCCUAAGAACAUAGUUUGACCCUUGGGGAAUACACAAGAUUAAUGGUGCUUGUGUCUGUACGGUAAAUAUGAAGCUACUGCUAGUAGCCAGUUGGCAUAGAUUGAGAAUCCCUCCAUCAAAACCUCUAAAAUCCACUAAUUAACUCGUUACAUCCCGGGUGGUUAACAUUUACAACAACGUAGAACGGCUAUUUGUCAUCUAGCAUUUGCUAGGCUAGCUGUUUUUUUAAAUUAAGGGUUUAAAUAAAUUACUGUUGAAUAGUGGGAUUUAAAACUCGUCCUUAUGUUUCACUUAUUCGUAUAAAACCCAAAACGACAAAUUUCUGUGUACAGGUGGUUUGGUCUAUUACGAAAAUAACUGAAAUAACAGUGAACGUUCAGAUUAAACUAAGAUGCAACCUUGUAAUUAUUGAGCUAUGUUAGCUGGAUUUUAUUACCGUUCAUAAUAAAAUCAAUAAUAAUGAUAAGAUCGAGACUAGCAGUUUACUAGUUUCCAGUUUUAAUGCUAAGCUCAAUCAACUUGCUGCUGGUUGUCGUUUCAGAUUUAAGUGACAGAUUUGAGUGGAUUCAGUCCUCGCAUCCAACUCCCCCUCCGUGGAAAAAAAAAAAAAAAAAGCUUUCCCAAAAUGUCAAACUAGUUGUGUAAAGAUCAAGCAGGAGACUCAGAGAAAGAGGAAUUUAGACAAUCUGAAUCCUUCCGCUCACUCCACCACUGCACUGAUCCAUCCUCCUGGUGUCUCUCCACAGCCGUCUCAUUAUUUAUGUUCACGUUUCGAGACCGACCGAUCACCAGCCGCCAGUUUUUGUUUCUGAAGCAGUGGGGGAGGGGUAGAUGCUCAGCUGCCCCCCCACUCACUCUCUCUCUCUCUCUCUCCUCUUUUACUUUUGUGUGACUGGAAUAGUUUUUUUUUUUUUUUUUUUUUUUUUUUUGUUUGUUUUUGGAUUCCAUGAUACAAGAGGAAAUGUAUUUAUGUGUCCAAAUGAUUUUAACUGAUGUUUGCUUGUGUUGUCGUCGUCUUUCUGCGACUGUGGGUGAGCAGGAUUCAGAAUUCUCAAUAAACUUCUAUUUUCUUUUCAUA